AUGCGAGUUUCUUAUGCCUUAAGUAACUGUUAUGCGGUUGUAUUAUUCGCUAUAGUUUUAGGCGAAAAUAGCUUUCCUACACCUGAUUGCUUUCUCUGUGACGUGUGUCCUUCGCCAAAUCGGAGCGAUAUUGAAGAAGGGCAGUGUAUUGUUAGGACUCUCUAUAUUGCUGUAGAUGCUACCCAGAGGUUUCGCAUGAAUAAAUCCACAGGUUUCGAUCACCUGGAACCGUUUGAACCUGGUAAUCUGGUGGAUGGUCAGGAAGGGAUUGGUGUUGUUGAAAUGACUUCAUUAACGUGUGCCUUACACGUAGGUGAUUUAGUGACUUCAGUUGGGCGUUUGUGGCCGUGGAGUAGGCUCUUCGUUGCUGACCAAGCUGACUUGAUGAAAGUGACUUUGCCUCCAGAAUACUCGCCAUCAGUUGUGCUGAGUGCCGCUGGUUUGUCAGCUAUGGCAGCUUUGCUAGGUAUAAGGAAAAAAGCAGAAAUUGAUCGAAGGCGCCCACAGACUUUCGUUGUCUCUGGAGCUGCUGGCUCUUGUGGGUCAGUGGCUGGACAAUGUGCUCGAUUAGAGGGGUGUACCAAAGUAAUAGGAAUUUGUGGCUCGGACAACAAGUGUCAAGUCUUGCUGGAAGAAUUAGGAUUUGAUGGAGCAAUUAACUACAAAAAAGAAGCCGUUCUUGAUGGUUUGAAACGUCUUGCCCCAGAAGGGGUUGACAUUUAUUUUGAUAAUGUUGGCGGCUUUGUUAGCGAUGCAGUAAUAGCUCAAAUGAAUCAUGGGGGAAGAGUGGUGCUUUGUGGACAGAUUUCUCUGUACAACACGAAUUUGCCGUAUCCUUUUCCGAUUCCUAAAGAAACUGCGGAAAUUAUUGCUCAGAAGAAUAUUAAAAGAGAAGGUUUUAUGGUUCUGGCGUAUAGGGACGACUUGGAUAGUACUGUGGCGCAGCUGUCCGCAUGGCUACAGGAAGGCAAAAUCAAGGUGAAAGAAACGAUCUAUGAAGGUUUGGAACGUGCUCCGCAGGCAUUUGUGGAUAUGAUGAAGGGCGUUAAUAUCGGUAAAAUGAUGGUGAAGGUCGACUGA